AAUGAGCGCGGCGGUGGGCAGGCCUCUCCCGUCCAUUGUUCUCGGUGCCCCACGGGCUUGAGCCGGGGUGAAUCUGGAGGGGCCGGGCCGAGCCCGGGGGCGCUUUUGUACGUGAAGCAGCCGCUAGAGCAGGACCUGGUCUCCCGAGAGAGGGACUACUUGUUGAUAUUUGAGGAGGGAGGUGUCUUACCUGAGAGCCUGGCUGGAGAAGACUGAGGUCCAAGGCUUGAAGCCUAAGUGAUUGCCCCAGGACCGUGGAUGAUGGCUGCAGAGAUCCCGAGAGUGACCACUUCGCUGAACCCCUUGGUCCAGGUGCCUCAAGAGGAAGAUAGACAGGAGGAGGAGGUCACCACCAUGAUCCUAGAGGAUGACUCCUGGGUGCAAGAAGCUGUGCUGCAGGAGGAUGGCCCUGAGUCUGAGCCCUUUCCCCAGAGUGCUGGCAAGGGCAGCCCCCAGGGGGAGGUGACCAGGGGACCACAGGGUGCACUCGGCCGCCUCCGAGAGCUCUGCCGGCGCUGGCUGAGGCCAGAGGUACACACCAAGGAGCAGAUGUUAACCAUGCUGCCAAAGGAAAUUCAGGCUUGGCUGCAAGAGCAUCGGCCUGAAAGCAGUGAGGAGGCAGCGGCUCUGGUGGAAGACUUGACCCAGACCCUUCAGGACAGUGAUUUUGAGAUACAGAGUGAAAAUGGGGAGAACUGUAAUCAAGACAUGUUUGAGAAUGAAUCACGUGAGAUAUUCUCAGAAAUGCCUGAAGGUGAAAGUGCUCAGCACUCCGAUGGGGAAAGUGACUUUGAGAGAGAUGCUGGCAUCCAGAGGCCCCAGGGACACACCCCAGGUGAGGACCACGGGGAGGUGCUCUCUCAGGACAGGGAAGUUGGCCAGCUCAUAGGCCUGCAGGGCACCUACCUGGGGGAGAAGCCCUACGAAUGUCCCCAGUGUGGGAAGACCUUCAGCCGGAAAUCCCACCUCAUCACACACGAGAGGACCCACACAGGAGAGAAAUACUACAAAUGUGAUGAAUGUGGAAAAAGCUUUAGUGAUGGUUCAAAUUUUAGUAGACACCAAACCACUCACACCGGGGAGAAGCCCUACAAAUGCAGAGACUGUGGGAAGAGCUUUAGCCGGAGUGCCAACCUCAUAACCCACCAGAGGAUCCACACGGGGGAGAAGCCCUUCCAGUGUGCUGAGUGUGGCAAGAGCUUCAGCAGGAGUCCCAACCUCAUUGCACAUCAGCGCACCCACACGGGAGAGAAACCCUACUCAUGCCCCGAGUGUGGAAAGAGCUUUGGCAACCGAUCCAGCCUUAACACGCAUCAGGGGAUCCACACUGGAGAAAAGCCCUAUGAAUGUAAAGAAUGUGGCGAAAGCUUUAGUUACAACUCCAACCUAAUCAGACACCAGAGAAUCCACACAGGAGAGAAACCCUACAAAUGUACUGACUGCGGGCAGAGGUUCAGCCAGAGUUCAGCCCUCAUCACCCACCGGAGAACCCACACAGGAGAGAAACCCUACCAGUGCAGUGAGUGUGGGAAAAGCUUCAGCCGCAGCUCCAACCUGGCCACGCACCGGAGAACCCACAUGGUGGAGAAGCCCUAUAAGUGUGGGGUGUGCGGGAAGAGCUUCAGCCAGAGCUCCAGUCUGAUUGCACACCAGGGCAUGCACACAGGGGAGAAACCCUAUGAGUGCCUGACAUGUGGGGAGAGCUUCAGCUGGAGCUCCAACCUCCUCAAGCACCAGAGGAUCCACACGGGAGAGAAGCCCUACAAAUGCAGCGAGUGUGGGAAAUGCUUCAGCCAGCGCUCCCAGCUCGUAGUGCACCAGCGGACCCACACGGGCGAGAAGCCCUACAAAUGCCUCAUGUGCGGCAAGAGCUUCAGCCGGGGCUCCAUUCUGGUCAUGCACCAGAGAGCCCAUUUGGGAGACAAGCCCUACAGGUGCCCUGAGUGUGGGAAAGGCUUUAGCUGGAACUCAGUCCUCAUUAUACAUCAGCGAAUCCACACUGGGGAGAAGCCCUACAAAUGCCCCGAGUGUGGCAAAGGCUUCAGCAACAGCUCUAACUUUAUCACACAUCAGAGAACUCACAUGAAAGAGAAACUUUAUUGAAGUGGCAAAGAGCGAAAGUGAGGGACUGGCCUGGAGUGGGAGUUGCCACACUGCCCCAACAGUGAUUCCCUUUCAAAGAGCUGUGCUUCCUAAACAUUCUGGGGGGUUUUGACAGAAUCUUCCCCUUGCUCAUCCUCAUUUCCAGGACACUGUCGUUUUAGUGGUCUGAGUCAAGUCCCGUAUACGUUCAAGAACAGGGCAUAGGAGUGGAAGGUCUGGAAAGUUGGGUCUUUUUCCCUUACAUUGGGUGACUUGAUUGGCCCCCUCUGAUGAUUCCUCUGUGCCUCAGUUUCCUCUUUGGUAAAAUGGGGGGGAAAUGUUUCUCCAUGUGGAAUGGAAGACAGCAUGGCCCACAACGUGGGCCGAGUCCUCAGAGAAAUACUGGAAAUCACUUGUGUGGUUCUGGUCGUUUUGUUGUUUUGCUGCCACUCUGUUGGGCUAAGGUGCCUUCACCCCAAGCGGUUAGUGUUCCAGGGCUCCCUGCGCAUGCUAGAAUCUGCUCUUCUGGCUUUGGUGUCUUGGGCUUUGAUUUCAGGUCAAAAUGGAGGGGUUUCUCCAGUUCUGAGUCACCCACAUGAAGGUAAAGCCCCUUUCUAUUUCCAGAAAGUGUCAGGAGCACAGAAACUUGAGGAAGUACAGCCUGGAGCCAGUGUCCCAGCGUCCUUUCCAUUGGUAAGAGUAGGACAGGGCCUUCAGGAAAGGGGUAAACUGAGGACAUUUCAGUGCUUGCUUUUGUCUCUGGCUACUGUCCUGUGGUACGUCAGCUACCAGGGGAACACAUUUUUUCUCGUGGGGUUUUGUCCUGGAGAGUGUAGUGAAGUCCGAGAGCCCCAGCUGCCAACCCAUGGUGGAUGGUAACUUCUGUCUCAUCAAGAGUAAAACAGUCCUGUACGCAGCAGGGUGGGUUUGUGCCUUUGGCCCAACGGAUACAUAGCCCCAUAAUUUCUGAAUUAUUCUAUGCACUUGUUUCCCUCUUCUUUUAUUUUUUAUUUGAUAUAUGCCAACCUAGAAUCCUGUCGGGUAGCUUUUGUAUACUAAGAACAUUAUUAUUUUUUAUUAUUAUUAUUAUUUUUUUGAGACGGAGUCUCACUCUGUCACCCAGGCUGGAGUGCAGUGGUGCGAUCUCAGCUCACUGCAAGCUCCGCCUCCCGGGUUCACGCCAUUCUCCUGUCUCAGCCUCCCGAGUAGCUGGGACUAUAGGUGCCCACCACCACCCCCGGCUAAUUUUUUUAUUUUUUAUUUUUAGUAGAGACGGGGUUUCACCGUGUUAGCCAGGAUGGUUUCGAUCUCCUGUCCUCGUGAUCCGCCCGCCUUGGCCUCCCAAAGUGCUGGGAUUACAGGCAUGAGCCAGCGCACCCGGCCAAGAACAUUAUUUUUAAAGAAGUGCUAACUUUGAGGAUGUAUCUGUUCCCUGGAGAUAUUUGGGCUUGAAUCCUUGAAUCAGGAGUUUGUCCUACAGGUGUUGCCCUUGAUUUCGGGGUGCUACCAGGGCUUUGUUCUCGAGAUCCUUGCACCUGGAGAGUGAAGACGGGCAUGAUGGCAGGUGAAGGGGUUUGCUGUGAAGGAAGAGGAGAUAAGGCGUUGCGAGGAAAUGGGAAACUGCCUCCUCCUACACAUGGGGCCUGUGCUCAGAAUGGGCUUAGUUCUUAUAGGAUGGAUGCUCAGUAUUUCUUAAUAAAGUAGAGUUCCAUUCUUUU